CCAAAUUCGCAACCAGAGGAACAAAGCCACCAAGCCAGUGCAAUUGGGCGGUGGAUAGCGGACUUUGCGCCGGUGCGCGUCAUAGUUGGCUUAAGGUUCCGUCAUAUCUACGUACAUUGGAGUUCGCCAAUGGAAGUCGCGCCUCCCUUAUAACAAACCACCGCAACUAACUUCCUCGUGAACAAGUCUCUACAUCUCUCACAAAUAUAAGGGGCACUAAGAAACCCUCAAUUAACGCUAGCGCUCCUCCUACUCCUCAAUUGAAUCCACCGAGUAUCAUCCACAAUGUCUCACCAGCGCGACAUCAAGCGCGACGCCGCCCUCGAAGGCAUCAACGAUACCCCCGAGGACAUCACCAACCGCGCCAAAGGCUACAAGGCGAACCUGAGCAAUCCGAAUACCAGCGAGGAAUCGAAACAGCACUCGCGCCAGGCCCUCGAGUCACUCGGAGGCGAGGAGGCUUUCUACGGGAAGAAGGAGGUCGAGAAGGAUCCUACUAGGGUUGCAGCGGGGCUGAAAUCAACGAUUAAUCAGUCCAAGCCGGAAGUGAGCGAUGAGGCGCGUCAAUCGGCGCAGGAGCGGUUGGAUAAGAUGUAGAUGUGCAUCUGAGUGGCGGACAUUCGUUUCGAGGGCGUUGGGUGG